GAAGGAUCCGCCUUCACAGUACAGGAAACCCAGAGCUAAUCCUGGAAAAGGAGAAAUCCUGCCUAAUAGUGCAGACCUUAGGGUGACAUUAUGACUCCGCCCCUCCGACCUGACGUGGAUGCUGUGGGUUUGUAAAGGAGGACAAAACAGAAACAGAUAACUUAUUUUUAGAACCGGGGGUCUGACGGUGCACACUCAGAGGACAGCUUCCUGCUCCGUCCCGACUCUAACGCUACCAAGGUUCCGUUGUACUUCAGUCACACCUGAGAGCAGCAACUGUGUUCACUGAGCUCAGGUGAGCUGGACGCUCAAUUCUGUUACACUUCUAUCCAAUCAGGCCUCAGAGAGGUCGCCCCCUGCUGGAUGUUAGACAGAGCGCAGGUUGAGUUUGGCACCUGAGUUUGUUUAAAGCUGCUCUGUGAUUGGAGGACAUGGUGAGGUCAAUGUCACGGCUCCACUCAGAGGUCAUCCAGCUGCAGCUCUGGCGGUACCGGGUCACCUGAUCGUAUCGGUAGUUGGAGGGGAUUCAGAAUGCACGCGCAUGCACACACCGGUCCUCCUCCAGAGGUGCAGCACCCCCUCCCCCUCCACCCCCCAGCCUCUGUAUGCGCCGUCACAGUGCAGACAGAGGUUGUAAACAUGGCGGCGGACGGGAUGGUGCUCACCAACCACGACCAUCAGACCCGCGUGGGGAUCCUCACAGUGAGCGACAGCUGCUUCAAGAACCUGGCUGAGGACCGCAGCGGCGUGAACCUGAAGGACCUGGUCCACGACCCCUCGCUACUAGGAGGAGUCAUCGCGGCCUACAAGAUCGUUCCAGAUGAGAUCGACGAGAUCAAGGAAACUCUGCUGGAGUGGUGCGACGAACAGGAGCUGAACCUCAUCCUCACGACCGGAGGGACCGGCUUUGCUCCGAGAGAUGUUACUCCUGAGGCCACCAGGGAGGUGAUCGAGCGAGAGGCUCCGGGAAUGGCUCUGGCCAUGCUGAUGGGAUCUCUCAACGUCACGCCACUGGGCAUGCUGUCCAGGCCUGUUUGUGGUAUUCGUGGCAAAACUCUGAUCAUCAACCUUCCAGGAAGCAAGAAAGGCUCUCAGGAGUGUUUUCAGUUCAUUCUGCCCGCUCUGCCUCACGCCAUUGACCUGCUGCGCGAGGCCACGGUCCGGGUGAAAUCCACGCACGCCGCCCUGGAGCAGCUGCCCUCCCCAUCCCCUCUGCAGGCCAACACGUACGCCAACACACACAUCAACACACACACCAUGGAGCGCGGGACCCAGUGUGAGGAGGAGGAUGACGAAGAGGAGGACCGGAGGAGAGGUCGGCACGCGCACAACCACCACCAUCAUCACCACCACCACCACCAGCACGGCUCCUCCCACAUCACCGCAGCCGCCAUCGCUGCCAAGAUGAGCCAUGCUGUGCUCAUGGCUAAAGGGAGUCCCUACCUGCCUGGCCACACCCCUGUCCCUCCCACUCAUUUCACCUGCUCCUCUGCCCAUGACCAUCAGAUCCCGGACUCGAUCAUUUCUCGAGGUGUUCAGGUGCUUCCACGAGAUUCGGCCUCUUUAAGCUCCACCCCCUCCGAGUCACCCCGGGCGACACAGGCAACUUCCCGCCUUUCCACCGCUUCGUGCCCGACACCCAAGGUUCAGUCACGAUGUGGCAGCAAUGAGAACAUACUGAGAGCCAGCCACAGCGCAGUUGACAUCAGUAAAGUGGCGCGUCGUCAUCGCAUGUCGCCCUUCCCGCUGACAUCCAUGGACAAAGCCUUCAUCACUGUUCUCGAGAUGACGCCUAUUCUGGGAAUUGAAGUCAUUAACUACAGAGAUGGUUUGGGUCGAGUUCUCGCUCAGGACAUCUAUGCCAAAGACAACCUUCCUCCGUUCCCCGCCUCUGUUAAAGACGGCUACGCUGUGCGAGCUGCCGAUGGCCCGGGAGAUCGCUUCAUCAUGGGGGAAUCGCAGGCUGGACAGCAGCCCACCCACACAGUCAUGCCAGGUCAGGUGAUGAGGGUGACGACCGGCGCGCCGAUUCCCUGCGGAGCUGACGCCGUGGUCCAAGUAGAAGACACGGAGCUGCUGAGGGAGUCUGAGGAUGGCACCGAGGAGCUGGAGGUGAGGAUCAUGGUCCAAGCCCGGCCCGGGCAGGACAUCAGGCCGAUCGGUCACGACAUCAGGCGAGGGGAGUGUGUUCUGGCUAAAGGCACGCACAUGGGCCCGUCUGAGAUCGGCCUGCUCGCCACAGUGGGAGUGACCGAGGUCAGCGUGCACAAGUUCCCCGUGGUGGCCGUCAUGUCCACCGGGAACGAGCUGCUGAACCCGGAGGAUGACCUCCACCCGGGGAAGAUCAGAGACUCCAACCGCUCCACUCUCCUCGCCACCAUCCAGGAGCACGGAUACCCGACCAUCAACCUCGGCAUCGUCGGAGACAACCCUGACGACCUGCUGUCAGCUCUGCACGAGGGAAUCAGCCGUGCUGAUGUCAUCAUCACCUCAGGGGGUGUGUCCAUGGGAGAGAAGGACUACCUGAAACAGGUGCUGGAUAUCGACCUGCACGCACAGAUUCACUUUGGCCGAGUCUUCAUGAAGCCAGGUCUUCCCACUACCUUUGCCACAGUCGACAUCGACGGGACACGAAAACUCAUCUUCGCCCUGCCAGGUAACCCAGUGUCCGCUGUGGUGACGUGUAACCUGUUUGUGAUUCCUGCUCUGAGGAAGAUGCAAGGCAUUCUGGAUCCUCGACCUACAAUCAUCAAAGCGAGGCUCUCCUGUGACGUUAAGCUGGACCCCCGGCCUGAGUACCACCGCUGCAUUCUCACCUGGCAUCACCAGGAGCCGCUGCCCUGGGCUCAGAGCACAGGUAACCAGGUGUCCAGCAGGCUGAUGUCCAUGCGCAGCGCCAACGGCCUGCUGAUGCUGCCCCCUAAAACAGAGCAGUACGUGGAGCUGCACAAGGGAGAGGUCGUAGACGUCAUGGUCAUCGGACGGCUAUGAUGCAGACUGAAACGUCACUCGCUACCGAUUACCAUGGCAACGCCAGGACUUCUUGUCUGCACAGGAAACAGCCGGGGUGGGGGGCGGGAAGUGGUGCAUGUCUACCUGGUCGCCAUUAGCUGUGAUGUCAUAUGCAACAGCCAAUCGGAGCCAGCGCAGGCUGAGUCCUCAUUGGUCUGCUCUGAGGAGAUCACUGUAUUUCAAAGGAGAAAAAAAAUGUGAAAAAAUAUACGAAAUAUGAGAUUUAUUCUGUAAUAUUAUUAUUAUCCUGAUGAUAAUGAUUAUUAAUAUUCUUAAUUAAUAUUCUAUUUAUUAUUAUUAUCAUGGUUCUGACUGAAUAUCAUCAUCUUAGUAGUAUUCAUGCCCUCUUCUCUCCUCUUCAUUUGCUUUGUGCGUUUUUCCCGGGUAGAUUAGAGACAUAGAGACCCUCCUCCUCCUUUUUCUACCCUUGCUCUGCUCUGGCGUCCUCUCUCCUGCUAUAGAAACCUGCCGUUUCACUACGUCUCCUCCUGGAUCACACAGACUCCAACAUCAGCAAAACACGGCUGAUGAAGACGUCCUCCGAGUGAACCUGCUUACGUUGUUUGUGCCACUGAAUAUUUUCUGCCAAACAACGAAAAAGAAAAGAGAACAAGCUGCAGGCGUCCUCUGGUGUUCCUUUUUUACCUUUCUGCAGAUUCAACCCUCUCAAACAUCUGGAGACAUCUCAGCGAAGCCAUGAAAUCGUCCUCGGUGGGUCAGCGGCUCGUCUUUGGGGCGCCGAGCGAUUUCUCCGCUCCGAUAUAAACGCGAUAAAGACGUCUCUGAUCGCGGUCGUAUCAAGGCUGCGCCACACUGGCGGUUCAGUCCAACCCUGCGUUCAAGUGGUGUUCGACCAGAGUGUGACGUUUAUGUUAAGGUAGCUCCAGAACCUCUGGGCUCACCUGGAGUGUCGGGCGCGAUUACAUGAUUACUCCACAUUUGCGUCUGGAGCUCUGGGUGUGGGAUUUGUCCUUUCACUCGCUCUGAUCAGGCUGUCCAAUCGGGAGUCUUUAUUCAGAUUUUUACCCACGACCGCACGUGCAGGAACUGACCGAUUUGGCAAGUUCGGAGAACAGAUGCGAUUCCCGGUUUUCCCAUCUGCUUGCAUCACUUGAAGGCAGGGUGUCACAUUCAGGUGCUUGUAACUACACCACGUGUAUUUUUGCCAUGACGGUGUUAAGGUGCUCGUUAUGGUCGGUUCGAGGAUGUAAAUCAAAACGUCAUCUGACCGCCGUUCUCUCCGCGUACUGUAUGAGCGUGCAGAAACCCUCCUUUGACAGUUCGCCCACUACAAACGCAGAAGCAUCCGAGCUGCUCGCCGUAGAUCCUGCUGAUAAAUGUUUACCGGUUACCAACAACCAGAAGCGUCCUGUGAGAUCUGAGAGCCCCAACGCAAACCGCCCACUUCCUCUCAUCCUUCCCGUUGAACCGGUUUUCCUGCAGCGCGGUGUGUGAUGUGUAAUCUAGAGCCAGCUCAUAUUUACCCAAGUUUCCCAAAGUCCAUGUUGGUGGUAAAAUGGGAAUACGGUUCUUCCUGCUUUGACCCGUUUUCCACCGAUGUGGUACCGGGGUGCUACUUCAUCAGAUCUUAACCAAUAAAAAGUGCCACAAAACCACUGGCACCUCAAAAUCAGCGGUCCCAAAGCGCCCGUUUCUGAUGCUUGGCAUUCCAGCCUGUGAGACAGAGUCUGGUUUGCUGCAUCCACACCAACAGCUCUGCUUUGGAAAUCAGGUGGACAACUCAUCCUGUUACGACCUUUUUCCAACAACUCAGUGCCGCUGCCUCACCCAGACCCCAGUCCUUUCUGGGUUGUCCCGUGGUUGGAUUCGUGGAUCAAUGGUGGGAGUGGGAACUGCACGAAAUUUCUCUUCUUACUACAGACGUUACCCCGGCUCGUGCUACCUAAUGUUCUGGCACUGCGUUUGUGGGGAAAAAGGAUCCGAUUCUUCCUGUUGGGACUUCUUUUCCACUGGUGUGGUACUGCUGCUAAAUCUAGAAGCAGGUUAUUGACUUUGCACUGAAAUGACGGUUUCCCAAACAUUGUAGCCCACAGUUGGACUCACAGAGGUUACCACUGAUUGGCCGAGGCAGCUCACAGUGGUGCUUGGUUCUCAGCCUGUUCUGGGAGAGAACCCAGGCAGAACCAGCUCUGUAACUUCUUCCUGUGAGGCUCUUCACCUCCACUCUCAAAACCAACCAAGAGCCGGCACCACGUCAGUGGAAAACCUGAGUUAAAUAUGAUCAACCAAACCCACAGGUCAAAGGUCAGGCGCUGCAUUCAGGUCAUACUGGAGUAACUGCUCUGUCUGAUUUUAACAGUACCGACACGGCGUCCUGAAUGCAGCGUGGCUCGUUGUCCUGAAUUCCCCCCCCUUCUUGUCACACCUGCAUGCCCAUAAAAAAGGGGGCGUGUCUUUCCUCUUUGGGCAGGUGUGAUUCCAGGCGUUAGAGUGUGGUGCAGCACCUGGGCGGGGCUUCUGAUCUGACUAAACGUGACGCUGAUGCUCUGGUGCCAACACUAUCUUUAAGUCCUCUGGCUUGGUUUCCAGAAACUUCCCAGUUACCUCAAAUGCACCGUAUAUAUACAGCAUAUAUGAGUGGCUCGUGCUGCGUCCGUGUCACAUGGGAAUGGCGUGAUGAUGUUUGGCUGUUCGUUCAAAGAAAUUCCUAAAAUAGUAAAUAAUGCUUGCCGUUCGGCAGCUCGCGUUUACGGCAGCUCACUUACGACACAAACGCAGCAUCAGCGCGCGUCCUGCCGCCUGCCCAAGGAGGACCAAUCAAACCCAGAUAGAUCCAUCAGAGCGAGCAGAAGCAGGUUGUUGAGAAACUGCCUUUGUACCGAGUGAUUCGUAACACUGGGCUGAACUCAGUGUCACACUGCACACACUAUAAACUAUGACCAGCACUUGUAAUGAAGCAAUGACACAGCAUUCUACUACUACUGUAUAAAUAUGAUGAAGAGGAUGUUUUUCUGUAAUAUUAUUGAACCUGAAGAUGAAUUAAUAAAAAUAAUCCUGAUUAUUCUGUAA